AAUAUAUUAUGCGACUGCGUCCUCUUUCUGUCUGUACAUCACACCAUCCUUUGACUCGUAGUUUACAGUAGCAUUGUUCGCGGAGAAAACUUAAAUAUAGUAUAAUACAUAAAUAAUUUUUCAUAUGCAAAAAUAUUUUUAGGAGAACGGUUGAAAUGUUGUUUUAUAUUUCGUAAGACAAAAUUCGAUAUUUGCUAAUUCGUUUGUAUACUAAUUUUCUGUUUCGGCGUUCGGAACGGAAUUGGCGGCAAUUUCUUUUCAUAAUUCAUUCGUAAAAUGGAGUUUGUUUGUUUAAGGAACGUAAAUAUAAAAGACGAACCCGAUGAUUAUGUCGAGAAUAUAGAGAGCAUGGAAGGCGCAGUUGAGCCCGAAGAAAGGACUAUAGUGGAUGUAGAUCCAAUGAACUUGUUGGAACCUGUAUCAGAACGUGCCAGCGAUGACGAUCAGGAUAAAGCUAAUGUAGCAACAAACGGUGACGAUGAGGGAACUACUGAUAAAUGGCAAAAUUGGAUUAAGACAUAUCCAUGGCUGUUGCGUAGUUCGGGAAAACGUCUUGGUUUUUGUCUUUAUUGUGGCAAAAAUUUAUCAGUCGAGGGAAUUUAUUCUCUGCAAAGACACGAUUCCGCGUUAAUACACAAAGAAAGACAUCAAAAUUACGAAGCAUUCUUACACAGCUGCAAGGAAUCACUUGAUGAGGACGGUUUAUCGGCUAUAAAAAAGGAAGUUGACGAAGAUAAUGCAGAACGCCUCUAUGCAGAAUUAAUAUCGAAGCGUUUGGCCAGGUCCAAAGAACUAAACGAUUACAAUUGGAAAAAUUGGCUAAACGCUCACACCUGGUUGGUACGCGGGCAUAGCGAAGACGAUAUUGGAACUAAGGGUUAUUGCAAAUACUGCAAAUGUAUUUUCGACGCCGAAUUUUCUCUUAAUAGACAAAGGCAUGAACAAUCUGCAAAGCAUAGACUUGGUGAAAAAUUGUUUUUAAAUGAAGCAAAUGGAAUCGAACCAAAUAGUAACACAGAAGUCAAUAGUGAAAUAACUGAAACGGCCAAUGACGAAGCGGAACAAGUAAAUAAUGAUGAAAACGCAACUGGAAUAGAAAACCAUGUAGCCAGCAAGGUGUUAAAAGGAAGAUUAUUCGAUAAAGUGUCGAGCUCUAGUUCCCAACGUUGUUGUCGUGUUUGCAGAGUAGUAAUGGACAAACACAGCUGUCGCAAGCACUUAAAAUCAAAAUUACACAGGAGAAAUAUGCAGGCUCUGGCAAUUAGCUAUCGAAAGGAUAAAAAAAUCAGUAUAUGCCCAUCAAACCCUAACAACAUACAAGUCGACUGGAGCAAAUAUACCAAAAUUCAUAGCUGGAUUUGUGCAGAUCCAGAUGAUCCUAAAUAUGCAUACUGUUCUUAUUGUGAGAAACGUUUUAUGUAUGGCUUGUCGACCGUAAAAAGGACCUUACAUGAAAAAUCACAGUCGCACCGCGAAGCAAUUAAACGAAAACAAGAAAAUGGUGGUGUUGAAAGCAAUAAUACUACUAAUAAAUUAGAAAAAAAGCAGCAGAAUGAAGAGACCAAUGCGGAACUAGAAUGUGACGAAAAUGAACGCACAGCAAAUGAUAGCAGCUUAAAACGCAAACGAGAUAUUUAUACCGAUGAGUGGUUUGAAUUAAACCCAUGUUAUCAGAGAAACAAAGACAAUGAGGACUACAUUUAUUGUAAAUGUUGUAAAGUGCUUCUCCUAACCAAAAAUUUAAACAUCGGCAAACAUGAAAGGGCCGAGCGCCACCGAUUUUCCCAAAAUGCACUAGCUCAAGAAGCAAAGAAAGAGCAACAGCAGCAAACAAAUUCGUUUCGCGAAUUUAGUCAAGUCUCUAAGGAGAAGCAUGUAAGUUUAUCCUGGAUAAGACGUUCAAGGAACGGGCAAACAUUUUGCAAGUUUUGCCGAGUGGUACUUUCGAGGAAAUACAGACCUGCUGUGCACGAGCGAACAGAGCGCCAUAAAUUCGCAACGCAAAAGUUUCUUACUAGAAGGAAGGCACAAGAGAGCAAAAGUUUAAAAACGGAGAAUAACCAAAAUGCCAGCUCACGUGAGGAAGGUGCUGUCAGUGAGGAAGAGAUGAAACCAUUAAUGGAAGACGCUGAUGAAGACGAAGUGAAUUGGCAUCAGAAAUAUGUGUGGCUAUCAUUUAGCGAAACUGAAACCCGCGAGCACUAUGGCUAUUGCAAUUACUGUAAGCAAAGUGUUUUCGUACCCACUACAAAAUUCGCUUCGAAGCAUGAGUGUACUGCUAAUCACAUACGUUCGUAUCUGACUCAACAAAACGGAACUGAAAACUCAAAGAAUCCCAAGACAGAAAAUACACAACCUCAAGUUAAUAGCGGCACGAAAUUUAAGUUGUAUAAAUGGCUUUUACCAGACCCAGAAGAGAAUAGAAGUUUUGGUUAUUGUAAAUUUUGCAAAACUCGCGUUACGACCGAGGGACUUAUGGCAUUGGCUCACCACAACUCACGAAAUCACAGGAAGGCCACUGCAAUCUUUUUGCAAAAUCAUAAAGAUGAAGGUUUGGAAGGAAUUGCACAAGACAGUUUAUUCGAAGAUAGUGCGUCUCAGCAACUACGUAACUUAGAGGCCAUUAAUCAAGAUGAAUCUGGAUCAGAGACAUCAUUGGCUACAAGAUUGACAAACGCUCAUACGGAAAUGCUUAGCUUAAUACGCGAGAUGAAGGGUAACAAGACGCGCCAGAAUACAACAUUGUUAUCGGGACCACUAUCAGCAGCUGCAUCGCUAUCGCCCUCUGAUGCUGAUAUUUGUUAUUCACGCGUAUCUGAGCAACAUAAUGGCAAGUUGGAAUUGAAUGUCUUAAGUCAAGCUAAGCGAGAGCGCAAUACUUACGAUUUGUUCUUUGAAAGUAUGAAUGAAACUGUGAAAAGACUACCAACGGAUUUGGCUGCAGAGAGCAGAGUUAAAAUUAUGCAAAUCGUGUACGAUUUAGAAAUGCGUGCUUUGAAACGUAAAUCACAGCAAUCAGGUCGUAGUCCCAAUACGACACCGCUGUCUUCGCGUUCAACCAUCGCCAUGCGAGAACGUAGCACUUCCAUCACAAAUCCAAGCGCCGCUGAUGUGGUCAUUCCAGAAAACGAACAAAGUACAAAUCAAAGCAACACACGUGAAACAUCAUAAAUAUACAUAAAUUACAUUGCAUUAUAUAACAUACAACAACAUACGUACUCUACA